AUGUCUUCAGCGAGCGUUGUACCCAAACUCUUCCAGCCCAUUCGAGUUGGCGACUUCACCCUCUCCCACCGUAUCGUGCUCGCGCCUCUCACUCGUUAUCGCGCGCACAAGAAUCACGUCCAUAGUGAUCUGGCCAUCGAAUAUUACGCGCAACGAGCUUCUGUCCCCGGGACACUGCUGGUGACGGAGGCAACUUUCAUUUCAGAAAAGGCGGGGGGAUACAACAACGUCCCUGGUAUCUGGAACGAUGAGCAGGUGACUGCUUGGAAGCGAAUUACAGAUGCCAUCCAUGAAAAGGGAUCUCGUGUGUUCUGCCAGCUUUGGGCUUUGGGUCGUGCAGCAAAUCCAGAUGUGCUCAGAGCUGAGGGUCCCCAUGAUCUUGUAUCCGCUUCGGAUAUCGCGCUAGCUGGGCACCAGCCUCCCCGUCCCUUGACCAUUGCUGAAAUUAAGGAGUACCUGGAGACGUAUGCCACGGCCGCACGGAAUGCUGUCCGCGCCGGUUUCGAUGGUGUCGAGAUACACAGCGCAAACGGAUACCUUCUUGAUCAGUUCCUCCAGGACGUCAGCAAUAAGCGUACAGACGAGUAUGGCGGGUCAAUCGAGAACCGAACUCGCUUUGCGCUGGAGGUUGUUGACGCGAUUUCCAAAGCCAUUGGAGCUCCCCGGGUUGGCAUCAGGAUCAGCCCAUGGGGACAAUUCCAAGAUAUGGGCAUGGUCGACCCAAGACCAACUUUCAGUCAUCUUGUUCGAAGCAUAGCACAGCUACAUCCUAAUUUUGCGUACCUACAUCUUGUGGAGCCGCGUGCGCACGGGAACCUGGAUCGUGAGGUCCAGGAAGGAGAGUCUAAUGAUUUCCUUCGGGAGAUCUGGUCGCCUCGCCCGUUUAUGAGCGCAGGAGGCUACACGCGUGCUCUUGCAUUUGAGCAAUCUGAGCUAUCGGGAGAUUUGAUCGCUUUCGGACGUACAUUCAUUUCCAACCCUGACCUUCCUACCCGCCUCGCGAAAGAUUUACCCCUCGCGCGUGGUGAUCGCGAUACGUAUUAUAUCCCAGAGACGCCAAAAGGAUUCAUCGACUACCCGUUCUCGGAUGAUCCCCGCGCUAGCCUCUGA